GGGCCUGAGCUGACUGGACUCCAAGCAUCAGUGAAGCAGAGCUAGCAAUCUCUCAAGCUCACAGCGCCAAGCCUUCCCUGCCGUGACGAAGAGCUAGCUAAGAGCGAAAGCAAGAUGGUGAAGCUCGCGUUCGGAAGUGUCGGCGACUCCUUCAGCGCCACCUCCAUCAAGGCCUACGUGUCCGAGUUCAUCGCCACCCUCCUCUUCGUCUUCGCCGGCGUCGGUUCCGCCAUCGCCUUCGGGCAACUGACCAAUGACGGCGCUCUGGACCCUGCCGGUCUGGUGGCGAUCGCGAUCGCACACGCGCUGGCGCUCUUCGUGGGCGUCUCCAUCGCCGCCAACAUCUCCGGCGGGCACCUGAACCCGGCCGUGACCUUCGGGCUGGCCGUGGGCGGCCACAUCACCAUCCUGACGGGCAUCUUCUACUGGGUGGCGCAGCUGCUGGGUGCCUCCGUGGCGUGCCUGCUCCUCAAGUUCGUGACCCACGGCAAGGCCAUCCCGACGCACGGCGUGUCCGGGAUCAGCGAGCUCGAGGGCGUGGUGUUCGAGAUCAUCAUCACCUUCGCGCUCGUGUACACCGUGUACGCCACCGCCGCCGACCCCAAGAAGGGCUCCCUCGGCACCAUCGCGCCCAUCGCCAUCGGCUUCAUCGUCGGCGCCAACAUCCUCGCCGCGGGGCCCUUCAGCGGCGGCUCCAUGAACCCCGCACGCUCCUUCGGCCCCGCCGUCGCCGCGGGCAACUUCGCCGGCAACUGGGUCUACUGGGUCGGCCCGCUCAUCGGCGGUGGCCUCGCUGGCCUCAUCUACGGCGACGUCUUCAUCGGCGGCAACUACCAGCAGGUCGCCGACCAGGACUACGCCUAAGUGCUCCGGCCGUCUGGGCUGUUUGGAUUUGAAUUGAACGCAGCGUUUGGAUCUGCGUCGUCGUUUGCUUUGCUCUUCGCCACGUUAAAUGGUUUGUAUGUAAUGUGUGUCGAUGAUAUCUCGUCCAUGCAUAUGGUCCUUUGUAUUCAGUUCCCUUUUUUUUUCGGGGUAAAAUCGAUGUAAAGAUCUCGUCCGAUCUGCGGUUCUUGAAGUGAAAAAACAAAUGUGAUUUACGUUUCGAGUUAGUUUA